UCCGAAGAGCCGCCUCAUACAGUUAAAGAAGGAGAAGCUGGAGUACACUCCUGGAGAGCACGAGCAUGGAUUGUUUCCAGCACCUAUUCACGUUGGAAAGUAUCUCAGACAAAAGAGAAUCGACUUCCAGCUGCCUUACGACAUCCUCUGGCAGUGGAAACACAAUCAGUUGUAUAAAAAGCCAGAUGUCCCACUUUAUAAAAAAAUCCGUUCUAAUGUCUAUGUGGAUGUCAAGCCUCUUUCUGGCUACGAGGCCACUACCUGCAAUUGUAAGAAACCAGAUGAUGACAAUGGAAAGGGCUGCGUGGAGGACUGUCUUAACAGGAUGAUUUUUGCGGAGUGUUCACCAAACACCUGCCCUUGUGGUGAACAGUGUUGUAAUCAGCGGAUACAGAGACAUGAAUGGGUGCAGUGCCUGGAAAGGUUCCGGGCUGAGGAGAAAGGAUGGGGUAUUCGUACCAAAGAACCCCUGAAAGCAGGACAGUUUAUCAUUGAAUAUCUGGGAGAAGUUGUUAGUGAGCAAGAAUUCAGGAACCGGAUGAUUGAACAGUACCACAAUCACAGUGAUCAUUACUGCCUGAAUUUGGACAGUGGAAUGGUGAUAGAUAGUUAUCGGAUGGGCAAUGAGGCUCGUUUUAUCAACCACAGCUGUAACCCUAACUGUGAGAUGCAGAAAUGGUCUGUUAACGGUGUUUACCGGAUUGGAUUAUAUGCGCUUAAAGACAUGCCUGCUGGUACUGAAUUGACUUACGACUACAAUUUUCAUUCAUUUAAUGUUGAAAAACAGCAACUCUGCAAAUGCGGUUUUGACAAAUGCAGAGGAAUAAUUGGGGGUAAAAGUCAGCGAAUGAAUGGCCUUUCAAGCAAAAGCAAUCAGCCUGUGAGCACCCACAGAAGGCCUGGACGGUCGAAAGAGAAAAGGAAGUCAAAGCACAAACUAAAGAAGAGAAGGGGCCACAUCCCAGAGGAGCCCAGUGAAAGUGUGAACGCGCCAACAAGGCUGACACCACAGCUUCAGAUGAAGCCCAUGUCUAACCGAGAAAGGAAUUUUGUGCUAAAACACCACGUAUUUUUGGUACGAAACUGGGAAAAGAUUCGACAAAAACAGGAGGAGGUGAAGCACGUCAGCGACAAUCUCCACAGCACGUCGCUGUACAACCGCUGGAACGGAAUCUGUCGGGACGACGGCAACAUUAAAUCUGAUGUCUUCAUGACCCAGUUUUCAGCCCUUCAGACCUCCCGCUCCGUGAGAACCCGACGCUUGGCCGCGGCUGAAGAGAAUAUCGAAGUGGCUCGCGCUGCCCGCCUGGCACAGAUCUUCAAGGAAAUAUGUGAUAGCAUCAUAUCCUAUAAAGAUUCCUCCAGGCAGGCUCUUGCAACUCCCCUCCUGAACCUGCCCCCAAAGAAAAAAAAUGCAGACUAUUAUGAAAAGAUCUCUGACCCGUUGGACCUUGCCACCAUUGAGAAGCAGAUCUUGACUGGGUACUACAAAACGGUGGAAGCUUUUGAUGGGGACAUGCUGAAGGUCUUCCGAAAUGCGGAGAAAUAUUACGGCAGAAAAUCUCCAACUGGACGUGAUGUGUGCCGGCUACGGAAAGCGUAUUAUAACGCUCGCCACGAGGCGUCUGCCCAAAUUGAUGAAAUUGUGGGAGAGACAGCAAGUGAAGCUGACAGCAGCGAGACAUCGGUCUGUGAGAAAGAAAACGGGCACGAGAAGGACGAGGACGUGAUCCGUUGCAUUUGUGGCCUUUACAAAGAUGAAGGACUCAUGAUCCAGUGUGAAAAGUGCAUGGUCUGGCAGCACUGUGACUGUAUGGGCGUGAACUCUGAUGUUGAGCACUACUUGUGUGAGCAGUGUGAACCUCGAUCUGUGAACAGGGAGGUUCCCAUGAUCCCUCGUCCCCAUUAUGCCCAGCCUGGCUGUGUUUAUUAUAUAUGCUUGUUACGGGAUGAUCUGCUGCUGCGCCAAGGUGAUUGUGUUUACCUGAUGAGAGACAGCCGCAGAACUCCCGAUGGACACCCUGUCCGGCAGUCGUAUCGGCUGCUGUCCCACAUCAACAGGGAGAAACUCGAUAUUUUCCGCAUUGAAAAACUCUGGAAAAAUGAGAAAGAGGAGCGGUUUGCAUUUGGUCAUCAUUAUUUCCGUCCACACGAAACACAUCAUUCCCCUUCUCGAAAGUUUUACCACAAUGAGCUCUUCCGGGUGCCGUUGUAUGAAAUUAUCCCCUUAGAGGCUGUGGUGGGAACGUGCUGCGUUCUGGACCUGUACACCUACUGCAAAGGGAGGCCGAAAGGCGUGAAGGAGCAGGAUGUGUACAUUUGUGAUUACCGCCUCGAUAAAUCCGCUCACCUCUUCUACAAGAUCCACCGGAACCGUUACCCUGUCUGCACCAAGCCCUAUGCCUUUGACCACUUCCCCAAGAAACUCACGCCCAAGAGAGACUUUUCACCUCAUUAUGUACCAGACAACUACAAGAGAAACGGGGGCAGGUCAUCCUGGAAAACAGAUCGCUCAAAACCACAGAUUAAAGACUUGAACCAAGAAGAAGAUUCUCUUCCACUCAUUGAGGAUGUGUUAGGAAACCAAGAUCAAGCGUCAAGUGAGAUGCCUAGCCUAGAGGAGCCAGAGAAGGAGGCGGUCGCUGGUGAGACCUGUGAAACGGAUAAAAAGGUGGAAGAAGGCAGUUCGGACACAAGGCAGCUGUGCACUCCAGAGGAACGGCGGCAUAUUCAGAGAGAGAGACUUAAUCAAAUCCUGCUAAACCUCUUAGAGAAAAUCCCAGGGAAAAACGCUAUCGACGUCACGUACUUGCUGGAGGAAGGAUCGGGACGAAAGCUGCGGCGGCGCACUCUCACCAUCCUGGAGAACAGCUUCAGGAAGUGAUGCCAGGCGAGGAAGCUGCGGUCUGGAGUCUGCUACAAGGUCUGCCGAGGGCUGAGGGCAGGAGCCCAGCUUCCUCUGCACCAGCCACGGAAAAGGGGGCAGCAGCAAACUGACAAAUAUACAAACAGUUAGCACUUAGAUGUCUGGGUUGGCAGGUCGCCCUGCCCUGCUCUGCAGUGCUCUUAUGGUGUGUGUGUUGUUGGGCGUGCCUUGUAUUGAU